AUGCCGACCCUACGUACAGAGUACUAUGGACAAGAUAAUGCCGGAUGUUAUCGAAGCAGUGGGACCAUCACUGGCGUGAUUCAAACUCGUAAGUCUCACACUGUAACAGUGCAAAGAUUGAACUUGUCAAGCCCCCAAAGCGGUAAAGAGCCUCCGAUCAUAAGCAGCAACAAUCAAGGCCCACAUUUGAGUCCAUCUGAAUGAGGGUCAUGAUGUGGUGAUGUGGAAAUGGCAAGCCAAAUGGUAGAGGCAAUGCAAUCGUUGUGGCGGUGUCCUUGGCCUACAAGCUAACUCAACCUCUAUUUCACUUAGUUUAAUUAAUUGUUUAUCCAAGGCAUAGUUAGCAUGGGCGGCUCUUGAUAUGGGUUGCAAUUACAUAGAGUACAUCGAGAAAGGCUGUCAAGGGGUUUAGCCUGCAAGUUGAUUUUACGGUUAUUUCACAUAGUUGAUAGUCAAAUAUUGUUGAUCCAGUCAUUAGCGGCUCUUGCUACGAUUUGUCAUCAUUUAUAAUAGAAUUAUUAAGAAAGCUUAAAACAUAUUGUUAAAGAGGAGGAUGGUUUGUUAAUUUGCCAGAGUUUCAGAAAGUGUUUGAUUUAUCAAGCACAGCUUUUAAUUUACCAUUGCAGUGAUCUCUUCUCUGACAAGCCCGAUCAAAGAUCAAGUUAUGAACCUUACUUACCUUAGCAUCACUGCCAUAUGUUUAGACGACAUCACCACAGUGAAACGGUGUAAACAACUACAGAACAGAGAAUAUUCCGUGAUUUUUGAAUCACCUGAGCUCCGGCUUGGAGAUAAAAACAGCCAUAAGUGA